UCUCUCCGUGAUUCUGUUCAAGAAGCUUCUUCCGCUCCCAUUUUUUCCCUCAAUAUUUAUUAUUUCUUUUAAUUAAAAUUUUCGUCUUCUCGAAACCUAAAUUUGUGCAUAUACUUGUCAGUGAUUUACGUUUCGCUUUUAAUAAUUACAACUAUAGUUAUUGAUUCUCUCGUCGCGUCGCUUUGCUUUGCUUUAAAGCGUUCUCCAUAAAAGAAAAAUCCGUGACUAGAGCAAAUAUUAUUAAUCGUCAGUUUACAUUUAGUUCUAUUCUGGUUUAAUUGUGUUUUUAAAUUUGUCUCUUCUUCAAAUUAGUGUGAGAGAUUAGGGAAACCAAAAUCAUCUGACAUUAAUAAAAAGGUUUCUGAUAUUUUCGACUCGACCCCAGAUUCUGUUUUCUUCUGGAAAUUUUGGAUUUUUUUUGAAUCUGAAGGGAUUAGUUACAGUUUGGUCUCUCUUUAGGGGAUGAAUUCUCCGCUGAGUUGCAAGAAUCUGAGACUUUUUUCAGACUCUGUUGCUUGCAAAUGUCUUGUUCUUGUUGGUAUUGCUCUGUUCUACAGAGCUCUGUUACUCUCUUACUCUCCCAGAAACGCUCUCAACGGUAGCUUAUUGAUUCGAGCUCGUCACAUGUCAGAUUCCUCCUCCUCUUCCUCAACCGAUGGAAUCCGAACUGAUAAGUUUCUCGAGGUUCCUCAGAUCGUCUGGGGACUAAACAAUCAGAAGAUAGCUUUCGCUCGAGCUUGCUUGACGGCGAGAUUGAUGAACAGGACGCUUCUUAUGCCUAGUCUAAGUGCUUCCUUGUUCUACAAGGAAGUCGAUAAGCUGCGCCCGAUUCCUUUUGAUAAAGUGUUUCAGUUUGAAAGAUUCAACUCUCUCUGCUCAGGGUUUGUGCGGAUUUCUCAGUUCUCUGAUGUUAGAAACAGAGCACAUGUGUUUGAUCUAGAGAAAGGUAGUGGAAGAAGAUGGACGGUUGAAAGAGACUUGGAACAGCUGAAUCAUUCCGCACGUAACGAGUCCAUCGAUGGGUUUGAAGUGAUCCGUGUCAUAGGGAAGAACCCGUUCUUGUGGCAUGAUCAUUGGCCUGUAGAAGACUAUGCUAAGGUCUUUGAGUGUAUGGUUGUGGUUGAUGAAAUCUCAAGAGAAGCAGAUAAAGUUGUGAUGAAAAUCCGAGAAGCAGGUGAGGCAGAAAGAGCCAAACUCGAAUCCAAAACCGAAAUCUCCGGUCCAAUACCUUUUGUUGCGGUUCACAUGAGGAUAGAGAUAGAUUGGAUGAUACAUUGUAAGAAGCUAGAGCAACGUAAAAAGGUCUCAGAGAUUUGUAGUAGUAAAAGAGAGAUUAUGGAGAGAGUAGGGAACAUUUCCGGUUUAAAGACUCCAACAGUUCUUUACCUUGCAGUAGCAGAUACUCUCUUGGAAGCAAAAGAUGAAGAUUCAUCGGUGUUGAAGGGUUGGAGAGACGGAUUAGUACCGUUUGAGAAGAAGAAGCUUGGGGUUAAAGAGGAGAUUUAUGGAAAGUACUCAUAUUUGAUUCAAUCGGCUAUAGACUAUGAGGUGUGUUUGAGAGCAGAUGUUUUUGUUGGUAAUAGUUUUUCGACUUUCUCUAGUCUCAUUGUUCUUGAGAGGACACAGAAGGCGAGAAGAUUAGGGUUUAUGAGUUCUUGUAAAGACGGUGAAAACGAGUGGAGAUCGUAUGCAUAUAAUCUGGCUGGUGAAUCAAAGGGAGUUCCAAGGAGGUGGAUGACGAAUAUGACUCAUUCGAGCUUGCAAGCUAUUAGCUAUGGCUCUAAUGCUGUUUCUUGUUCAAGUGGGUGAAAUUGGCAUAUUGGAUUUAGUUUUUUCGGGCAUUGUUUUAUACAAUUCGUUUAUUUGUGGGGGUAAAUAGCUGUGUAAAUUUUACAGGAAAAAGAACAAUACCUAAAUCUUCUUUCUUCA